GCCAAAGAACCCAAAAUCAAUGUUAAAAUAGAUGUCAUCAAUGCUACGUUCCAGCCAGUCAAGAUUGGGAACCCCAAUGGCCUGCAGAUCACCUAUCUCAAAGACAACAAGACCCGGAAUAUAUUUGUCUACCAUGAAAGUGGAAAGGAGGUGGUGGACUGGUUCAAUGCCAUUCGGUCUGUGCAGUUCCAUUAUCUGAAGGUAGCAUUUCCCAUUGCCAGCGAUAAUGAGAUUAAAAAUCGGCUGACAAGAAACUUCCUGAAGGAGGGAUACAUGGAGAAGACUGGUCCCAAGCAGAGAGAGGCUUUUAAGAAGCGCUGGUUCACGCUGGAUCACCGCAGGCUCAUGUACUUCAAGGACCCUUUGGAUGCAUUUGCUAAGGGUGAGGUAUUUGUGGGCAGCAGAGAGAACGGAUAUAGCGUCCAGAAGGGAUUGCCUUCGGGGACACAGGGCAACUUCUCUUGGCAAUAUGGCCUCACCAUUGUCACCCCCGACCGGGAAUACCUCUUCACCUGUGAGACAGAGACUGACCAGCUGGACUGGAUUGCAGCCUUCACUAGCGUCAUCAACCAGGCCAUGACACCACAGGAGUAUGCAAUUGAAGCCUACUUCAAGUUUAAAUCCUAG